UAGUUAAAACUCCAGAUGAUCCAAAUAACAAAUUUGCUGGAGCUGGAAUGAUAGCUACUAUUUGGAAUACUGAUGUUCAAGGUCAAGAAAAUAGUGCGUGCAGAUUGAAGAUUCAAAAAGGACCCGAUAGUAUACAAGUUGGUUGGAGAGCGGAUCGAAUAUUAUAUGGGGACAGUAAAGCUAGGCUUUUUAUACAUUUUCAAGCUGGAAACACACAAUGCUUCAACACACUAUGUCAGGGUUUUGUAUUAGUAGACAGAUCGAUACAACUUGAUCAAGCAUUUGAUCAUGUUUCUCAACGAGGGUCGCAACAAUUUGCGAUGACUGCAUACAUCGAUCGGGAUCUAGCAAAUGGAAACUGGUGGUUGUUACUUGGAAGAAAUCAAACAGCUGUUGGUUUUUGGCCUCCAAGGAUUUUCACCGCAUUAGCAAACGACUUUGCGACAAAUGUUGAGUGGGGAGGAGUGACAUAUACUCCACCAGGUGUACCUUAUAUUCCAAUGGGCGCUGGUUUUUGGCCUACAAUUCCAGAUCCUACGCUUGAUGCUUAUUGUAGGGGACUUGCAGUUUUAGAUGAUAAAGGGCAGACGAUAAAUGCAAAAGGCACAACCAAAGUUCUUGACAGUCCAAUAGUGUACCGGGUCAUUGAUGAACCCAAGUGGGGAUCUGGAAAGUUCCCACAUUAUGUAUUUUAUGGGGGACCUGAAGAUCCAGAUGGAGAUACUCCACCACGUGUACCUAAAGUACUAAAGAAUUAAGAGAAUUGAAAGAGUCACUUUUGAGUUUUUUAAACAUAGUGCAUUAAUGAAAAAAAUUGGAAAAAGGCCAAAAAUAAAAGAAGAAAGAUAUUGUAUUUCUUAGCCAAAUUUAUUCUUUCAUAUAUAUAUAUAUAUGGGUAUGAAAGAAUAAAUUGGAGAAGAUGAUUGGAAAAUAUUUCUUGUA